UUGGAAUCUCUCAGUAUCUAAAUCACGGUAGGUGUGUUUGGACUGUUGGAUCGAGGCCAGGAACCCUGGUGACUGGUCAGCCCGAGCGGAGUUAACAAAAGGAGUCCGCAACCAGCGUCAUCAAGAUUUCUGCGAGAUAAACGCGCCCGCCGAGGGAAGUUCCGCAAACCUCGAAGCACCUCACCACUUCUCCAUCCUCCUCCCAUCUGCUUACCAACUCAAAACCUCCCAACGAAGGAACGGGUGCCAAUGUCAAAUCAAUCCUGAGUUCGAAAGCUGUCCAUGCAAGCCACUCCUCCCGCCCUGAUUCAGCGAUAAGCUCGUGCCCCAUCCCCGCAGGCGUCCCCGAAGCACGCAUUAGCGACUCAGAGGAGUUCAUCCGAGGCAAGAUGUCUUAUGUAGUGCCAAUUCAUCGGGCCAGCAGCAUCCGACAUGCCUUGAAGCUGCAAUUUAUAAAUUCCGAGGAGGAAACACUGGUUGUUGCAAAAUCGAACCAGCUCGAAUUCUACUCCCUCACACCCGACGGCCUCUCCCUCAUAACAUCAUGCUCGAUAUAUGCCAGAGUGACUAUGCUGGCUCGCCUGCCAGCGCCCGCGGGCUCGCCUACGGAUCACCUCUUCGUCGGUACGGAUCGCUAUUCCUACUUUACGCUCUCUUGGGAUAGCACACAGAACCAGGUCCGUACGGAACGAAAUUAUGUUGAUAUCUCCGACCCGUCCUCCCGUGAGGCACAAACAGGUAGUCGGUGCAUGAUUGAUCCGAGCGGACGGUUCAUGACGCUGGAGAUAUACGAUGGCAUGAUUGUGGUUAUACCUAUUGUACAGCCACCUAGCAAAAAGAGGGGAAGGCAAGUGGCGCCGCCUACUGGUCCUGACGUCCCGAAGGUUGGAGAGUUGAGCGAGCCGAUAACAACACGGAUUGACGAGCUCUUCGUGAGGUCUUCGGCGUUCUUGCACGUGCAGUCUGGGCCACCGCGGUUGGCGUUACUGUAUGAAGAUAACCAGAAGAAAGUCCAGCUGAAAGUUCGGGAGUUGAGCUAUACCUCUGGGUCAGCAGCUGAAUCGGAAUUCACACAUGUUGCGGAUUACACGCAGGAGCUGGACCUUGGGGCAUCUCACCUUAUACCUGUUCCUGCUCCUCUAGGUGGGCUUCUUAUCCUGGGCGAAACAACCAUCAAGUAUAUUGACGCGGACAAUAAUGAGAUUGUCUCUCAGCCUUUGGAAGAGGCAACGAUAUUUGUGGCAUGGGAACAGGUUGAUAGUCAGAGGUGGUUACUCGCAGAUGACUACGGGCGGUUAUUUUUCUUGAUGCUCGUCCUCGAGAAUUCUGUGGUGGAACGCUGGGAAUUACACCGUCUCGGAAACGUAUCACGGGCUUCUGUCUUGGUAUAUCUUGGGGGUGGAGUGGUGUUCGUAGGAUCACAUCAAGGAGACUCACAAGUUCUGCGCAUCACCGACCAGUCAUUCGAAGUCAUCCAGACCUUGUCCAACAUUGCCCCUAUUCUGGAUUUCACUGUCAUGGAUCUGGGCAACCGCACGAGUGAGAGCCAAACGCACGAAUUCUCAUCCGGCCAGGCUCGUAUUGUUACCGGCUCUGGAGCUUUCGAUGAUGGCACCCUCAGAAGCGUGCGUAGCGGCGUUGGGAUGGAAGAGCUGGGCGUGCUAGGCGACAUGGAACACAUCACCGACCUGUGGGGGUUGCAGGUUGAGUCGAGCGGUGAUUUCUUGGAUACGCUUUUGGUUACAUUUGUGGACGAGACGAGGGUCUUUCGCUUCAGCCCUGAUGGGGAGGUCGAAGAACUGGAAAGCUUCCUUGGACUGAGCUUGUCGGAGAACACUCUCCUUACCGCGAACUUGCCCAACGGCCGCGUGUUACAGGUCACCGAGCAGAGGGUUCUUAUUGCGGACAUCGAAGGCGGGAUGAUUGUCUCCGAGUGGACACCACGGAACCAGCUGAUAAUUACCGCUGCCUCUGCUAACGACGAUGCAUUGGUUGUCGUCGCUGGGGGUGAACUCGUGACUGUUCUGGAUAUUCGUUCAAACGCUAAUGUCAUAGCGGAGAAGGACUUUGGGGCAGACAAACAGAUAUCAGGUGUGACGCUACCUUCAUCGCCGACAGGUGUCUGCAUUGUAGGGUUCCCUCAGUUGGCCAAGGUCUCGGUGCUGAAGCUAGAAGAUCUGUCGGAUAUCAAUACGACUUCUCUUGGUCCUGCUGGCGAGGCGUUCCCACGUUCAGUACUCGUCGCCAGCGUGCUAGCGGACAGUCUUCCAACGCUUUUCAUUUCUAUGGCUGAUGGCAGCGUCAUUACAUACAGUUAUAACCCUAACGGCCAUUCCCUCACCAGCAUGAACAAGCUUAUCCUCGGAUCUGAACAGCCGACCUUUAAGAAGCUGCCGAGAGGCAACGGCCUGUACAACGUCUUUGCCACAUGCGAAAACCCUAGCUUAAUCUACGGAUCUGAAGGCCGAAUCAUUUAUUCGGCGGUGAAUUCGGAAGGAGCUUCGCGCAUCUGCCAUUUCAACUCAGAGGCAUAUCCAGAGUCAAUUGCAGUGGCUACUGCCAAAGAGCUGAAAAUCGCGUUGGUUGACAAGGAACGGACUACGCAGAUUCAAACGCUCCCAAUUGGCGCUACUGUCCGCCGUGUCGCAUACUCCCCGUUAGAGAAGGCCUUUGGCAUUGGCACGAUAGAUCGCAAGCUGAAGGAUGGCGAGGAGAUUGUAAAAUGUCAGUUUGUCCUGGCAGAUGAGAUCCUCUUCCGACGCCUUGACUCCUUCGAACUCAACGAAGGCGAGAUUGUGGAAAGUGUGAUUAGAGCUGAGGUGCCGAGGGGCAAAGACGGAGAUGCAAAGGACUGCUUCAUCGUCGGAACAGCAGACCUGGAUGAUGCGGAGACAAACAUCUUCCGAGGGCGCAUCAUGAUAUUCGAAGUCGACAACGGUAGAAAGCUUAGUAAAGUCGCCGAGUCUGCUGUGCGAGGAGCAUGUCGAGCGCUGGCAAUCAUGGGAGAUAAGAUCGUUGCAGCACUUAUCAAGACGGUUGUGGUUUAUCGGAUAACCAACAUCUUCAGUGGCAUAAAGCUCGAGAGGCUAGCCACCUACAGGACGUCUACUGCCCCCGUGGAUGUCACAGCGACAGACAACACGAUUGCCAUAUCUGAUCUGAUGAAGAGCGUCUGCAUCGUGGAAUACAGAGAAGGCGAAAACGGACUCCCUGAUAAAUUAGUCGAAGUGGCUCGACACUACCAAACCGUGUGGGGAACCGGUGUUGCCUCAAUAGCCCCGGAUACCUACCUCGAGAGUGAUGCAGAGGGUAAUCUGAUUGUCCUUCGCCGAAAUCGCUCCGGGGUGGAGGAAGAAGACCGUCGCAGGCUGGAAGUUACGGGUGAAAUCUCCCUCAGCGAGAUGGUCAACCGCAUCCGCCCUGUCAAUAUACAACAACUGCCCGACGCAACCGUCUUCCCAAGGGCUUUCCUCGGAACGGUCGAAGGCUCAAUAUAUCUAUUCGCUUUAAUAAACCCCGAUCACCAAGACUUCCUCAUGCGCCUGCAAGCAACAAUGGCCAGCCGCGUCGACUCCCUGGGCGACCUGUCCUUCAUGGAAUUCAGAAGCCUGCGGACACUGACCCGGCAAGCCUCCGAGCCUUACCGCUUCGUCGACGGAGAGCUGAUCGAGCGGUUCUUGACCUGCGAACCGAAUGUGCAAAAAGAGAUUGUCGAUAUGGUGGGGAAGAGCGUCGAGGAGGUAAAGGUUAUGAUUGAGGCGCUUAGGAGGUUGCAUUAGAUCUCUUCAGGACAUAUUCUUCUUACCUUAUAUGGCUUUGUGGCCAGUAUCUAUUCGAUUCAGAUCUGCGGGCCUAUCUACUUAUGAAUUAUAUGCAUAGAAUUCUUUAUGAUUUAUCGACUUCUCCAAUACUCAGGUAGGCUUCCGCCUCUUCUGCUGAGAUACGUUCACUGGGCGAGGUAGAAAGUCCACUAGGUGCGAUAUACCCUAAAUUCAUUGGCUACAGACCCUC